AUAUUUCUUUGGAUCCGACCACUCAAUAAAUUUCUCCCAUUAUUGAGAUUAGAAUUAGAGUUGGAGAUAAAGGGCGCCCGAGAUUUCAGUUCGAGUCACCCCCUCGAUCCAUCAACAAUGUGUUCUCAGGUGCUUUGGUCUUCUCCAUUGAGCCCUCCUCCUCGGUUCCUCACCUCUUCCACUGCCUCUACCUUCAAAAAAUUUUGCCGGUAUCCUUCACAAUAUUGUUCUUGGCGGCUACAAUGUUUGGCUCCACAUUCUUAUUGCUAUUUGAGAUUUUACAAUGGAAAAUGGAAGGCCUCUACCAAAAGGCGAUUGGGUAGCAAAUACAACCAUAACUCACGUGUCUUGGAUAUUACAACAUUUUCUGUGAACUCAAUAGAGAGUCCUAACAAGGGCAGAAACUACUGUGAGCAUAAUACUGCACAGAGAAGCUGCGUAAUUUCUUCAGCUUUCUUGAGUGGAAAUGGAUGGCAGACUAAAAUUCUUUUGCAAUGCAUGUCAAUCUACCUUAUAUCCAGAUUGUUACAGUUAGAUUUUAAUCAUACUGUAAAUUGUAUUAUGAGGAGCAUUCGGAUGCUGUCAACAUUUGGUCUCCAAGGCUUCGGCAAUACAAGUUUGGCUUUUGCUUGCAUGUCCAAUUCUGUUAACAAACCUGCACCACUUCAGUUGGACGUAACUUUCCCAUCAUUUCAUGAUAUUAGAUGGAGCCUAUCUCGGUUAUAUUAUUUAUUCAACAUGCAGCUUGAACGAAAUAUUGGCACGUUUUUGCUUGCACUACUUGUAGCAUGUCUCUCUUUCGUCGUAAUUGGCGGUUUUCUAUUUUACAGAUUCAGGAACAAACAACAACCUCUAGAAGACUGCUUUUGGGAGGCUUGGGCAUGCCUGUGUUCAUCAUCUACUCACUUAAGACAAAAAACACGUGUUGAACGUAUAAUUGGCCUUGUUCUUGCAAUCUGGGGCAUAUUAUUCUACUCCCGGUUGUUAAGCACAAUGACUGAACAGUUCAGAAGGAACAUGCAAAAGAUAAGAGAAGGAGCACAGCUGCAGGUUAUGGAGUCUGAUCAUAUUAUCAUCUGUGGAACUAACAGUCAUCUCAUGUGUAUACUGAAGCAGCUAAAUAAGUUUCAUGAGUCUGCCAUCCGCCUUGGAACUGCUAGAGCGAGGAAGCAGCGAAUCCUUCUGUUAUCUGAUCUACCUAGGAGGCAGAUAGAAAAGCUUGGAGAUGGUAUUGCCAAAGAUUUUAACCAUAUUGAUGUUCUAACAAAGAGCUGCAGCCUUAGCCUGACAAAAUCUUUUGAAAGAGCAGCAGCAAACAGAGCACGAUCUAUUAUUAUACUGCCAGCAAAGAAUGAUCGGUAUGAAGUUGACACUGAUGCAUUUCUCUCAUUGUUGGCUCUACAACCUCUGCCCCAAAUUACAUCUGUCCCAACUGUUGUGGAGGCUUCAAAUUCCAGCACAUGUGACCUUCUGAAGUCAAUAACUGGGUUAAACGUGCAGCCAGUGGAAAUGGUUGCAUCCAAGUUAUUUGUUCAGUGUUCUCGUCAAAAGGGGCUCCUGAAAAUUUACAGACACUUGCUUAAUUAUCAAAAAAAUGUAUUCAAUCUAUAUAGCUUCCCAGAUCUAGCAGGAUUGAAGUAUAAGGACAUGAGGCGUGGACUCCAGGAGGCAGUAGUUUGCGGCCUCUUUAGAUCUGGGAAGAUAAAUUUUCAUCCUAGUGACGAUGAAGAGAUUAGAGAAACAGAUAAAGUGUUGCUUAUAGCACCUGCGUAUGGAAAGAGGAAGCCUCAAGUUGUGGUCCCAGAUGCUUCACAAGAAGACUUAAAAGAAGCACGACUUGUGAAUAUUGUGCAGCGUCCUUCAAAAUCAAGUUCUAAGGCCAGUGAUUUGGAUCUAGGACCCCGAGAAUGCAUACUUCUGGUUGGUUGGCGGCCAAAUGUCAGUGGAAUGAUCAGAGAGUAUGAUAGUUACCUUGGACCUGGCAGUGUUUUGGAAAUUCUAUCUGAAGUUUCCAUCACUGACAGAAAUAGCAUAGUCAACCCCGUGGUUCAAAGUCAACUGAAAAAUAUUAAGAUAUCUCAUAGGGUAGGAAGUCCUGUGAACUAUGAGACAUUGAAGGAAGCUAUUUUGAAUAUUACGAAUUCAUUGAAGGAUUCUAAAGACAUGCCCUUAUCAAUUGUUGUCAUCUCUGACAGGGACUGGCUUAUUGGAGAACCAUCACAGGCAGACAAGCAUGCAGCAUAUACCCUCCUCCUUGCUGAAAGUAUUUGCAAUAAACAUGGUAUUAAGGUUGAGAAUCUAGUUUCUGAAAUUGUUGACACAAACCUGGGAAAACAAAUAUCAAAAAUUAGACCUUCCCUUUCAUUUAUUGGUGCGGAGGAAGUUAUGGGGCUCGUUACAGCUCAAGUGGCAGAAUCUGGUGAAUUGAAUGAGGUCUGGAAAGACAUCCUUAAUGCCGAGGGAGAUGAAAUAUACAUGAAGGAUAUUGGUCUCUACAUGAAGAAAGGGGAGUCCCCAUCGUUCUCAGAGCUCUCUGAAAGGGCAAAGUUACGCAGAGAGGUAGCUAUUGGUUAUACGCGAGGAAACAAGCAGGUUUUAAAUCCAAGCAACAAGUCAGAGCCACUUGUUCUUGAAAUGACAGAUUCUCUAAUUGUAAUAUCCGAGCUUGAAGUCGAACAACCAAUUAUCAUGGAAAAUGUUUAAUUCAAAUUUUAUUCUUCUCUUCAGUUGCAAUAAAAGAGCAGAUCAUUAUAGGCG